AUGUCAACAACAUCUUCCUUGAGUCAUCUUCCAACGAGUACAGCUUCACAUAGUAAAGCAAGAGCUGCCUCUUCUUCUCGGGCUGCACCUCGUUCGUUGAGUCAACUUCCUACACAAACAUCUCAACACGAUACAGCAACUUCAUCUUUGAGUCAUCUCUCAAUGAUUACAACUUCAAAUGGGAAAGACACUUCUUCUUUGAGUCAUCUUCCACAGACCACAACUUCAAAUGGUAAAGAAACUUCUUCUUUCAGUCAUCUUCCAACGACCACAACUUCAAAUGGUAAAGAAAUUUUUUCUUUGAGUCAUCUUCCAACGACCACAACUUCACACGGUAGAGAAACUUCUUCUUUGCGUCAUCUUCCAACGACCACGACUUCAAAUGGUAAAGAUAUUUCGUCUUUGAGUCAUCUUCCAACCAGCGCAACUUCAAAUAGUAAAGAAACUUCUUCUUUGAGUCAUCUUUCAACAACCACAACUUCACAUCGUAAAGAAACUUCUUCUUUGAGUCAUCUUGCAAUGACCACAACUUCAAAUAGUAAAGAAACUUCUUUGAAUCAUCUUCUAACGACCACAACUUCAAAUGGUAAAGAAACUUCUUCUUUGAGUCAUCUUCCAACGAGCACAUCUUCACAUGGUAAAGGAAAUGGCAUGUCAUCUUCUCGGGCUGCUUGCGUUGGCAUGGCUACAACUCGUGUUGAGAAUCACAAGCUCGAGGGUUUUGUUUUUAAAGAAUUUCAGGUUAAAAAUGUUGCACAAUGCGGCAUGAAGUGCUUCGGUGAGAAAGAUUGUCAAUCAUUUAAUUUCAUUCCCUCCUCACUGAGUUGUGAACUCUUUAAUUCAAUUGAACAUUUGGGCUCAAAAAACCUCAAACCAUGUCUUGGUGUGACAUAUUUCUACAAGAACUGA